AACAGGAUGAUGAUCGCACCAGUCUGCCUCAUGAUCACUGCUACUCUGAGCAUCCAUCCCGGCAGGUCAGUCUUCUUUUAUUAUGAAACCGUGACUCUGAGCUGUGCAGUGCCAGGCAGCUUCAGCAGCUGGACAGUGAAGAGAAACACCUCCACAAGGUCUUCUGUUUCAUGUGAAACCUGGGGCCAAUUAAAUGGAUCCUCCUGCACCAUCAAAGGUGUCUACCCAUCAGACAGUGGAGUGUACUGGUGUGAGUCUGACAGCAGGGAGUGCAGCAACACCAUCAACAUCACAGUGCUGGUGUCAUCCUGCAGGGUCCUGCUGUUCCUCUGACUGAGGGAGACAGUGUGACACUAAACUGCUCCUAUAAGGAAAAAUAUGCAAAGGAGUCUACGUCCAAUUUCAGUACUGCUUUCUACAGAAAUGGUACUUUUUUUGAAAA